ACCCAGCAAAAUGGGGAUCUCCAUGGUCAUCCUUGAAAUAUGUCUUUUAUUGGGUCAAGUUCUAUUUACAGAUGUGGCCUUGAGGCUGGUGAACGGAGGGGGCCGGUGUCAGGGCCGAGUGGAGGUCCUGUACCGGGGCUCGUGGGGCACCGUGUGUGACGACGACUGGGACACCCAUGACGCCAACGUGGUGUGCAGGCAGCUGGGCUGUGGCCGGGCCACGUCCGCCCCAGAAAGUGCCCGCUUUGGUCAGGGCUCAGGGCCUAUUGUCCUGGACGACGUGGGCUGCUCGGGACACGAGUCCUACCUGUGGAGCUGCCCCCACAACGGCUGGCUCUCGCACAACUGUGGCCACGGGGAAGACGCCAGCGUCAUCUGCUCAGGGGGCCGAGAGGGGGAAGACAGGGCUUUCCACUGUGUCGAUGCGGGUUUGCCUCUGAGGCUGAUGAAUGGAGGUGACUGCUGUCAGGGCCGGGGAGGCCACUGGGGCACCGUGUGUGACGAUAGCUGGAACACCCAGGACGCAGAUGUCAUCUGUCAGCAGCUCGGCUGUGGCCAUUCAGUGCUGUCCCUGGGUGGGGCCUGCUUUGGUCAGGGCUCAGGGAACAUUCUUUUUGGUGCAGUGUACUGCUCUGGAUGGGAGCCCUACCUCAACUGCCCUCACAGCAGGUGGUACCACCAUGAAUGUGGCCACAGGGAAGACUCCGGAGUCCUGUGUUCAGACAAUGUCCCUGAGAUUGGGAAGGAAUCAACCUGCAGAGGCAUCGCCAAGAAACUCCAAGCUGGAGAAUUCACAAGAGAAAUGCUCUGCAAUUCUCUAGGGAUGGAACCGGGUUUGGCCCUGAGGCUGGUGAACGGAGAGGGCCGGUGUCAGGGCCGGGUGGAGGUCCUGUACCGGGGCUCGUGGGGCACCGUGUGUGACGACGACUGGGACACCAAUGAUGCCAACUUGGUGUGCAGGCAGCUCGACUGUGGCCCAGCUCUGUCAGCGCCAGGAAGUGCCCGCUUUGGUCAGGGCUCAGGGCCUAUUGUCCUGGACGACGUGGGCUGCUCUGGAAACGAGUCCUACCUGUGGAGCUGCCCCCACAACGGCUGGCUCUCGCACAACUGCGGCCACGGGGAAGACGCCAGCGUCAUCUGCUCAGGAAGCCACCACUGGAGUCAGCCUGACCCAGACACGCUGUGUCCAGUGUCUUCCCCAAUGUCCAGCGAUGGCAGCCUUUCUGAUGUGGCCUUGAGGCUGGUGAAUGGAGAGGGCCGGUGUCAGGGCCGGGUGGAGGUCCUGUACCGGGGCUCGUGGGGCACCGUGUGUGACGACGACUGGGACACCAAUGAUGCCAACGUGGUGUGCAGGCAGCUGGGCUGUGGCCCAGCUCUGUCAGCGCCAGGAAGUGCCCGCUUUGGUCAGGGCUCAGGGCCUAUUGUCCUGGACAAUGUGGGCUGCUCUGGUCACGAGUCCUACCUGUGGAGCUGUCCCCACAACGGCUGGCUCUCGCACAACUGCAGCCACGGGGAAGACGCCAGCGUCAUCUGCUCAGAUUCCCUAUCAGAUCUUCUCACAACACCUGGUAACUACUCUGAAAAGAAUAUGUUGUAUUUUGUUUAUAAUUUAUUUUUCAUUCUACACAGGACCGAACCGAGUUUGGCCGUGCGGCUGGUGAACGGAGAUGACCGGUGUCAGGGCCGGGUGGAGGUCCUGUACCGAGGCUCGUGGGGCACCGUGUGUGACGACGCCUGGGGCACCAACGAUGCCGACGUGGUGUGCAGGCAGCUGGGCUGUGGCCGGGCCACGUCGGCCCCAGGGGGAGAAGACAGGGCUUUCCACUGUGUCGCUGCGGGUUUGCCUUUGAGGCUGGUGAAUGGAGGUGACCGUUGUCAGGGCCAGAUGGAGGUCCUGUACCAAGGCUACUGGGGCACCGUGUGUGACGACAGCUGGGACACCCAGGACACAGACGUCAUCUGGUGGCAGCUGGGCUGUGGCCAUUAAGUGUCAGCCCUGGGUGGGGCCCACUUUGGUCAGGGCUCUGGGAAUACUCUCUUGGGUGCAGUGUACUGCUCUGGAUGGGAGCCCUGCCUCCAUUGCCCCCACAGAAGGUGGUACCACCAUGAAUGUGGCCACAGGGAAGACGGCAGACUCCUGUGUUCAGGGACCAAAUCGGGUUUAGCUUUGUGGCUGGUGAACGGAGGUGACUGGUGUCAGGGCCGGGGUGAGGUCAUGUACCAGGGUUCCUGGGGCACGGUGGGUGAUGACAACUGGGACAUCAAUGACGUGAACAUGGCUAGACAGCUCAACUGUGGCCCAGCUCUGUCUGCACCAGGAAAUGCCCAUGUGGCCUUGAGGCUGGUGAACGGAGUGGACCGGUGUCAGGGCCGGGUGGAGGUCCUGUACCGGGGCUCGUGGGGCACCGUGUGUGACGACGGCUGGGACACCAAUGAUGCCAACGUGGUGUGCAGGCAGCUCGACUGUGGCCCAGCUCUGUCAACGCCAGGAAGUGCCCGCUUUGGUCAGGGCUCAGGGCCUAUUGUCUUGGACAAUGUGGGCUGCUCUGGAAACGAGUCCUACCUGUGGAGCUGUCCCCACAACGGCUGGCUCUCGCACAACUGCGGCCACGGGGAAGAUGCCAGCGUCAUCUGCUCAGACUGGGGCACCAUGUGUGAUGACAGCUGGGACGCAGACGUCAUCUUGUGGCAGCUGGGCUGUGGCCAUUCAGCGUUGGCCCUUGGCAGGGCCCGCUUUGGUCAGGGCUCAGGGAACAUUCUCUUGGGCCCAGUGUACUGCCCUGGGUGGAAGGCCUACCUGUCAACUGCCCUCACAGCAGGUGGUUCCACCAUGAAUGUGGCCACAGGGAAGACACCAGCUUCCUGUGUUCAG